CAAAAAAUAAAAAAGAAAAAAAAGAAAGAGCAUAAAAUCUAAGUAUAUAUUUGCAUUAAAUCUGUACACAAUCUGAUCCAGCGAUGCAAUAAUUACUGGGGGAGCAAACACAUUAAAAUAGGUCUUGAAGAUCUCUGGUUGCACAGAAGUUGCUGUUUUGCUCAGAAAGAAAAAAUUCAGCUAAUUGGGAUUUGCAAAGAAAAUCAAUAAGCUCUCUUUCUCUCUCUCUCUUUCUGCAGAAAGAUCAUUUCAUUGUAUUUCUCAAUCUCGCGCACAGAAGAGAAAAAAAGAAAGAGGAGAAGAUUGUUAUUAGCAAUAUUAUGGGUAGCAGUUAUUUUGGAGAGCCAAACUUGGGAAAUGAAAGGGGAAGUGGGUCUUCAAGAAAAGGCAAGAAAAAUAACUCAGAUAAGCCUAAACAACCUCAAAGAGGGCUUGGAGUUGCUCAAUUGGAGAAGAUCAGAUUACAUGGCCAAAUGGGUACUAGUUAUCAUCCCUCCCUUCAUAAUCCUUACCCCUCUAAUUUUAACCAGGAGGAUAUGAGAAUGCAAACAGCUUAUUCAUCAGUAGCAUCAUCUUCUUUCUCUUAUUCUUCAUCAUCUGCUGCUUCUUCCGCUUCUUAUGGUUUCCACCCCAACAUCAUGAUGGGGCUUGGUGAUUAUAAUGAAAGAACAAACAUGAUAUAUGGUGAUUCGCAACCCUCCACAGCAGCAAGUUGGAACCCUGGAAGCUUUAUAGAUGCUCAGCAUUUUGCACAACAAGGCUCAACUAGGCACCUUUUAAAUUUACAAGUUGAGGAUGCACAAAAGAAGAGCAAGAAACAUAGGAGCGACUCAAUGGGCUCAAGCAGUCAAAAUUCUGAGUCAAGUGAUACUCAAGAACUAGAUUUGGAGCUGAGAUUGUCAAUUUGAACCAAUAGCAUGAGUUGUGAGAUUGCAAAAUGCUUGAUUUUACAUAUACUACAUGGGAAUUGGAAGUUCACCAUGACCAGUUGGUUUUAAGCAAAGGUGAUGAACUAGUUUGAAGUUUCAUUUUGUAAGGGAUCUUGUGUAAUGAAAGAUAAGUUGACUUUCAGCAUAAGACCAUGAAAUUUUCUUCUUGUUCAUGAGCUAUGAGAGAAAUGAGAAAAAUCAUAGUUCUUAUAAAUUUCUUGCCCUUUCUUGAUUUAGGUCUAGCUAGCCUAGCUAACAGCAUCUUACA